GUGGGUUUACGCUAGCUCGGCUCAACUUCACUCGGCCGCUGAUGAGAUGGCCUGCAUACGCGUCGUUUUAGCACUAUCCCUGACUCGCAUUAAUGCGCUGUCGACGACUGCUGCCCCAACAAAGACCCUUUUUCUCGCGAAACCCACCGUAAAUGCGGAGGCAUUGCUGCAGCACUUUGCGGCGCACGGCUGCUGCGUGACCGACGUCGACGCGCACACGCGCUUCGCAUUCGUUCAAUUCGAGUCGGAUGCCGACGCAAACCGCGCGCUAGCGCUCGAAAAUGGACCGUACCGCGAGGCGAAGCGGGCGCACGCGUCGAUCAACGACCGCAACGCGACGGCCGCGGCCGCCUGGGACGCUCUCUGUGCAAAGCUUCGCGGCGUCACGGCUGGCGCGGUCGUCCCACGGAGCCAUGCGGACCGCGUCGCGGCGCGGCUCGCCGCGCGCGGCCACGAGACGCUGGCGGUCGAGCAGGUCGGCGUCGAGCGCCUCCUGCUGCUUAGGACGCGCGACCCGGCAGCGUUCGCCGCGGAGACCUCGGCAGACGCCGUGCUCGCUGGCGUCUGCGUGCCCCUCGCGCUCGAUGGCCACAAGCCAGUGACCGACGUCGCCGCGGCCGCUGAUGAGAUCGACGAGCUGCUCCGCGACGCCUCCGCGGGCGCCAGUACGCGGGUCCGCGUCCGGACGUCGCCCCCGGCGCUGGCGGCGGAAAUCACGCGGCGCCUCGAGGGCGCGACGGCGUACGCUCUCGCUCCUGGCCAAGCAGACCUCGAGGCCCACGUCGCGGUCGUCGACCGGGCGUACGUCUGCGGCGUCGUCGCUGCGCCGAACAGGGAGCAGGCGCGGCGGAAACAGGUCGCUUCUAGGGCUUACUUCAAACUCGAAGAAGCGUUAGACCUCGCCGGGGUUGAAGACCUCCACGGCUCACAUGCACUGGACCUCGGAGCCGCGCCCGGAGGCUGGACCGAGAGCCUGCUCGAUCGCGGCGCGAGCGUCGUCGCGGUGGACCCGGGCGCGUUGAAUGAGAGCGUGGGGGCCAGGCCAGGCGUCCGGCACAUACAAAAAAAGUCCCAAGCGGCGCGCAAUGAUGGAGAUCUGGACGGUGAACGCUUCGACGUCUUUGUGUGUGACAUGUGUUUGCAUGAGCCUGGGGAUGCAGUCGCCGCUUUAGAAGCCUGCGCGCCGCAUCUAAAGCCGGGCGCCCUCGUCGUGCUCGCCAUCAAACUGACGCAACCGGCGAAGUCGACGGCGCUCAACGACAAGCGGGCCGAGCCCUACGUCGAGCGCCUCCGGCCACUGCUGGACGGCGCCGCGGCGCACCACCUCGUCGCCAGCCGCACGCGCGAGCGGACCGUCGUCGGGCGCUGGCGCGGUUCUUAACACG